ACGGAUAUACUUUUACUUAUAUAAGUAAAAUAAGUAAUUGAAAAGAGGUUUUUCCUGCGCGAUCGCGAUCGUAUAUCAUAAAUUAAAUAUUGCGAGUUGGUAAAAAUAAAUAUCGUUGACGGCACAGUAUCAAGCUCUAUUUGACGUGCCCAGGUGGAACUUUAAUUCGACAAAAUGGGUAAAAAUCACAAACAUCAGAAGAUGUUGAAAUCCGAAAAAGCAAAAGUUAAGCUUAAAGGAAAGCAGCAACAGCCUCUCCCUAAAGGGCUAAACAUAACUAACACUUCCUUUAAGGCCAAGAAAAUUAUCAUCCGAACACAAUUGAAGCAACAGGAUGCAUCUGAGAUUCUAAGUCGUAGGAAGCUUAAUGUUAAGGAUCUAUUAUCAAGACUCCAGCACCAUAAUUCAUCUUCUAGGCAAGAUGCAGUUAGAGAAUUGAAGGAAAUUUUAGCUGAACAUGCUGCAGAUGUUUUGAACGUGCACUUAAGUGCGUUGCUCAAAGGAAUAGCAGCCUUAGCCCUUGACAAAGAAAAACCCGUGAGGAGAGAGGCUCUGAAAGCUUUGAGCCUAAUUUUGGCAGCAGUUUCGAAUGAUCAGCUGAGACCAUUCAGUGACGUUUUAAUUUCUUACCUUAAAUGUGCUAUGACCCACAUAGAUCCACAUAUAAUGGAAGAUUCCUUAUUGUUUUUGGAUAUAAUUAUUCAACACUCGCAUAGUUUUUUGAUUAACAACAGUGGCAAGCUUCUCACAUACUUUUUGGACAUGAUUUCAAAGCUACGAUCUCAAGCUCAGCCAGGCAGACAACUGUCGGCCAAUUUGAACUUCAAGAACUCUAGUAUGAAAUGGAGAUCAAAAGUUUUGAAUAGUUUGCAAGAAUUUAUGCUGGCUACUAUUAAAAUACAGAAAAACUCAAGAAUCAGUUCACUGGCUCACUCUCCAAAAGUGUAUCAUGUAAGGGAUAAAAAUGGUCAUUGCCCAAUCUAUUCCUUGAAUCGAUUGCGAGUCUGUCCUGUUAAUUUCGAAAACUCCGGCACACGUGGCAAAAUUAACAAAUCCUUGGAUUUGGAUGCACUAAAAAAUUAUAUAGAUUCCUUGAUACCUCUGAUGUUUGAUAGUUGGCUGGAAGUUUGUCCAAAAAAGCAACCCAACACUAAUCAUAAGAUUCCUAUCUCUGAUGAAGCUUCAUCUCUUUUGAGGUCCAUAACCAGUAUAAUGCAUUCAAUAAUUGAAUACUUAGAGCUACUUGAAAGUGAUAGUGGAACAUUGCAUGGUACAUUGUGGUUCAAAAGUAAAUUUAAAAGUGUCUUUAUUAAAAAUUUGCUUCUUGAUUUCCCAUACCAACAGCUAAAAUCUGGAGUGAGAGUGAAAAAGUCUGAAGAAGAAUUAGCAAUAAAUCCUUCAAAUGACUGCAUGGAACAGAAUUUAACUCUGUGUUACAUCUAUAUUUGGUUUACUGCUGCGAGCAGUAAUACCAAACUUGAUAGUAUAGACAGGAGUUUGUGCUCUCAAAUCCUUCAGUUUCUAAUAGAUAUACUUGAUAACUGGAAAAAUACCCAAACUCCUAUGAUUCCCUGUUUGAUCAGUGUUUUAAGAGUUCUUUUCUUGGAAGCUUGUAUAACGUGGUAUAAGAAUAAAGUUCCACUGAGUGACCUUCUGAAAAGUGUCAUAAAUGUGUAUUUAAGUAACAAAAAAGAUUUACAAAAACAACUAUUCUCGGUGAUGAAAGAUAUUGUGAUGAAUCACAAUUUAAUUGACUUGCAUAGCGAAGAGUCUUUUAAAGAUUUUAUCAAAUCUCUUCCAAAACUUUUGUUGAAAAGCCACAUCUUUGACAGUACUAUACAAAUGCUGAACAGGGUCGUGCUUCAGUACAAGCAAUGGAUAGAAAAAGAAUUGAGGGAUAAUCACGAGGCCAUUAUUGAAAACGCAAAAUUAAUACAGAUCAUCGGAUCUGAGAACGAGCACAACUCGCGCUUGAUGAUUUGUAACCUGUUCUACUUUAUGGACGAGCAGGUGUACUUUUGAGAACGCGAACGAAGAACAAAAAAACGUACUCAGGCUUGUAGAGUCUGGGCCCGACUUUGCGCUGGAUGAGGUACUCCACAACGAACGACUCGAACCAGAUACUCACGAGGCCGUUGAC